AUGAGGUCUCUUUCUGUCUCUACCCACAGAGGACUCGUCCACUACCAAGGGCUCCUACUGGUUGUUUCACUCUUAACCUUCUGGAGCCCACCCACCACAGCCACAAUCGAAGCUUUGUCAACCUUUGCUACUGAAGGGGAGGAUGUGCUUCUGCAAAUCGACAAUAAGCCUCCUGGGGUUGUAGGAGUUGUGUGGUACAAGGGGAAAGACGUGGACCAUAAAAAUAUAAUUGCGUUUUAUGUUUUGACACCACAUUUCCAUUUAAGUGGUCCUGAAUACAGUGCAGAAGAGAUGAUAACCAAUGAUGGAUCCUUGCUGUUGAAAAAUGUCACCAAGAAGGACGAAGGAAUGUACACAGUAGUGGCCCACCUUCCAGAUUCAAAAACAGAAACAGCAUUGGGGCAACUUGAUGUAUAUGGAAUCUGUGGCUCAGGAGAAAAACAAAGUUUUUCCAGAACCACAGAAACCUCAGCAAAGACCCCAUGA